AUGCCUCGACCGUGUUCCUUGCUAUCGUUCCUACUGAAGGUAUAUUUCGGACUACAAUAUUUUAUCAUUGGUAUUCCCGCUAAAGAUGUGGCGCAACAUGUCAACCCGUUUAUCGGGACUGAGGGACAAGGAAACCCUGGAACAGCUAUUGGUGGCGGAAAUGUGUUUCCGGGUGCUGCACUCCCAUUCGGGGUAGUAAAAUUUGGCAUUGACACUACAGCUUUCGAUUGGACAAACGUUGAUGCGAAUGCUGGAUAUACUCCCGAUGGUUAUGUCACGGGAGUGAGCCUGCUUCAUGAAAGUGGAACCGGAGGAGCACCGACAUAUGGCUUCGUUCACCAAAUGGCACUUUCAACAUUGAAGAACGUCAAUGUCCUUGAUAACCUCACGUACAUGCAAGAACGUGUUGAACCAGAUGUAGCAAGUGUUGGAUACUUCAAAACCUCACUUGCAAACGGGGUUAUUGCCGAACUCUCAGCAACCGCACAUACAGGAAUCAUUCAGUACAACUUCACAAGUGGAGACGAAAGACACAUUUUAGUGGACGUCUCGCAUAUGCUUCCCUCAUCGGGCGAGGCACAACAUUCACAGUUCUACAGCAGUGGGUUUAUGGCACGAAGUCCAGAUGGGACAAGGUAUCAAGGUUAUGGUGUAUAUAGAGCCCUGACAAAGUGGAAUGUAGGACCUGAUGCAUCAGUCUACUUCUGCGCCGAAUUCAACACCGCUCCACUCACUGUUCAACUUUUCUCCGGUGAACACACGGACCCAUACUGGCCAAACAGCACGCUUCCCUCCUUCAAACCACCAGUCUUCACAAAUGCAUCUUCGAUUUCUGGAGGCCAAGCAUAUUGCGGUUACGGUCGGCGAGUAGGAGGCCUAUUCACCUUCUCCCCAAACGCCACGGCCGUGAAAUCCAAACUUGGCGUCUCCUUCGUAGACUCAGAUAAAGCAUGCCAAUACAUCGCCUCCGAACUCCCCACCUGGGACCUAGAGCCCAUUGUAAUUUCUGCUAUCUCCCAAUGGAACACGGGAGUUCUUUCGAAGGUGACCACAACCGACAAAUCUAACGCAACUUUAAUUGAAAUGUUGUACUCGGGUUUGUACAAAAUGCAUCCUAUGCCCUCUGAUCGCACAGGAGAGAACCCGAAUUGGGAAACCGAUGAACCUACUUAUGAUGACUUCUACACCCUUUGGGAUACAUUUAGGUGUUUGAACAGCUACUUGGUGUUGACGGCCCCGAUAAGAGCAGCUGGCAUUGUGCGGGGAUUGGUGGAUGUGUGGAGGUGGGAGAGGUUUAUGCCGGAUGCGAGGAGUGGGAAUUACAACGGAAGAGGAGGUUCCAAUGCCGAUAAUGUCCUUGCUGAUGCUUAUGUCAAAGGUUUGUUCGCUCCUGAGUACGGCAUCAACUGGACAGACGCCUAUGCAGCAAUGAAGACAAACGCCGAGCUAGUCCCAUAUAAUACCUUCGAUUAUGGAGAUCCAACUGGGAGUGUGAAAGAAGGUCGUGGUGCUUUGCCUGACUGGUUGAAUCUUGGCUACGUCUCAAUGUAUGAUCCUGUAGCCGGAACCGGAUUCGGUCGAUGCAUUUCGAGAACCGUAGAGUAUAGCUUGAAUGAUUUCGCUCUCAGUCAAGUUGCGAAAGAUCUAUCUCCAGGCGAUCAUGUCAAGUAUUUGAAUCGUUCUGCCGGGUGGCAAAAAAUCUGGCAACACAAUCUCACCUCCCUCAACUUCACUGGCUUCCUCGCCCCACUCUAUGCAAACGGAACCCGAGACUCCUCGUACUCCCCUCUCAAUUGCGGCGUUUGGUGUUCCUGGUCCGACGUAACCUACGAAGGCUUGCCCUGGGAAUACUCCUGGACAAUCCCCUACGACAUGUCGACUUUGAUCUCGUACAUGGGUGGGCCAAGCACCACCGAAUCUCGGCUGGAUGCCAUGUUUACCCCAGGUUUGCAAGACGGCAGCGUUGGUUCUGGGAAUGGCAUCGGCUCAGCAAUCUUCAAUCCAGGCAAUGAACCAAGUUUCGGAACACCAUUUUUAUAUAAUUAUUUACCUGGACGACAAUGGAAAAGUGUGAUGAGGAGUCGAGAGAUUGUCAAUCAAUAUUAUUCAAAUGGCAGGGACGGGGUGCCGGGGAAUAGUGAUGCCGGGGCGUUGGAAAGUUGGAUGGUGUGGAAUUUACUCGGUCUCUAUCCUGUUGUUACGCAACCUAUUUAUUUGAUCCUCUCGCCUUGGUUCAGUGACGUCACGAUUUCGGUGGCAGGAAACAAGACAUUGAAAAUCACAACUGAAGGUCUUGGGAAAGGACCAUACAUUCAAAAUCUUACCGUGAAUGGAGAAGUUUGGAACAAGAGUUGGCUCACACAUGAUGACUUGGUUAGUGGCGUUGGCGGAAGUAUUCAUUUUGUUCUAGGAAGUAAACAGACAGAGUGGGACCUUGGAGAAUUGCCUCCUAGUCCAGGGCAUGUGGAUUUGGGGAUCAAAAACUAGCCUAUUCUUCUCAUUUACCUGGAUUCGAGUCCAACGAUACCUCAUUAGCGCCAUCCAAAAUGUCAUAAAUAUUCCCC